AUGGAAUUUGUUGCGAGUUUAAGCAAUGCUAGAACUAGAACGGGUCUGGAUAAAGAAAGUUUAAAAGGGUUGGAAAAAAUAUUUUGCGAAACUGUCGGAAAUGAAAAAGAAAUACGAAGAGAAGAUUUUAAUAAAAUACUUUUAUCUAAAAAUCCCUUUUUUACCGAUCGAGUUUUUGAAAUAUUCGAUAAAGAUAAUAGCGGUACGAUAUCAUUGCAAGAAUUUAUCGAUUCCAUGUAUCAAUUUGCUGGAAAAUCUCCAGAUGACAAAAUAAGAUUUUUAUUUAAAGUCUACGAUCUUGAUGGCGAUGGUUUAAUUCAACAUAAAGAACUUCAACAUGUCAUGAGAGCUUGCAUGGAAGAAAAUGGAAUGAAAUUUAGCGAAGAACAAAUUGACGAUUUGACUAUGGCCAUGUUUGAAGAUGCCGAUCCAAAUAAUCGAGGAGCCAUAACGUACGAAGCCCUUAAAAAUCAACUCGAAAAACAUGGCGGCCUUUUAGAAAACUUAACAAUCAGCAUCGAUAGGUGGUUGGUACCGGCUAAACCGAAAGUUCAACCGACUUCAUUUAUGGGAAAAAUAAAAAAAAUAAUGCCGCAUCAGUUUACCAUACCUUACAUGAAAAAUAAUUAUGUUUUCAUAAUAUUCGUAGCAGGUUUUGCUCUUUUAAAUACAAUACUAUUCAUUUCUCGUUCGAUUCAAUACAGGAAUUCAAAUGGAUACGUUAUUGUUGCUCGAGCUUGUGGUCAAUGUCUAAAUUUCAAUUGCAUGUUCAUAUUGGUUUUGAUGUUGAGACAAUGUAUAACUUUUUUACGUACGAGAGGUUUCAGUACCUUCUUGCCCCUCGACCAACACAUUUAUCUUCAUAAACUCACGGGAGUUUUAAUUUUUUUAUACAGCGUCGUUCACACGUUAAUGCAUCUUAUAAAUUUUAGUACGGUUGUUCAAUAUGAUCCUGUCAUAAACGCUCAAAAUUUUACGCUUACCGAAUGGCUUUUGACCAGUAAACCUGGUCUUUUCGGUCUCGUCGGAGGAGCUGCUAAUCCUACUGGAGUAGCUUUAAUGAUAAUUUUAUUUAUUAUGUUUAUUUGCUCUCAAAAGUUUGUUAGACGCGGAGGAUGUUUUGAGGUUUUCUAUUGGACUCAUUUAUUGUACAUACCAUUUUGGAUAUUAUUAAUUUUUCACGGUCCAAAUUUUUGGAAAUGGUUCGUUGUUCCUGGAAUCGUUUACAUCAUAGAACGUUUAAUUCGAAUGAUUUGGCUUCAAUCGGACAGGGGUAAAACUUACAUAAGCUCCGGUCUUUUGUUACCCUCAAGAGUGACUCAUCUUGUAAUUAAAAGGCCUCCGCAUUUUGAUUACUAUCCCGGAGAUUACGUGUUUGUUAACAUACCAGCAAUUGCAAAAUACGAAUGGCAUCCGUUUACGGUGAGCAGUGCUCCAGAACAGGAAGAUUACAUGUGGCUUCAUAUCAGAGGAGUCGGAGAAUGGACGAAUCGUCUUUACGAGUACUUUGAUAAAGAACAAGAAAAGUUACAUAAUGCUCAGGAUCAAAUAACGGCCGUUCAAACGGGAAUUCACACGAAUAAAAAACCUCUCGUUUUAAAAGAAGAGAAAAUAAUUAACGAAAAACAACCAAUUAAAAAAUUACAAAUGUUGGAGAGAAAAUUUUCCAAUAGGGAUAAAGAAAAAAAUUCACCGGUACGAAUAAUGUCAUUUAAACGUAACUUACCAUCGUCGAAUGCCGCCGUCGGACUCGUAAAUGAAGGUUUCGAUACGAGUAAUGAUGUGGUAUCACCACAAUCGAAUUCGGAAGGAGAUUUGUCUUGUAAUAAAUCCAUAGUUCAAAUCCGGAAACCCCCACCUGAAAAAAAACUUCCGCUUUUAUUGAUGUCUAAAAAACAACCAUUAGAAAAAAGUCAAUCAAUGCCAGAUAUUCAAACUCGUUUAAAAAAAAGAGAAAGGCUUUUGGCUUUGAGAGAAUAUAAUCGUUCGGAAUCUGAAAGGAGUUUCGACGAAGUUCAAAUGAGGAGAGCGAGGCUUCAGUCAUUGGGAUUGGCAUAUUUAAGCCCUCAAAACAAGUCACUUGCUCAAAGUUUCAGGUACAUGAGAACGAAACCUACAAUUAUCGCGUUUAAAACUCCGAGUUUAGAAAAUUGCGAAGCACAAAUAAAUGCAAUGACACUCGCUAAAAAUUAUGCUAAUAAAGAGAAAAAAGUAGAAGAAGGAAGGAUAACAACGGAAAACGAAUCAAAUUCAGGUUCGAAAUUUCCAUUAACGUCGGUUAAUUAUCCGGUCGCGGGAAAACCUUUAGAGAUUUUUAUUGAUGGACCUUACGGUGCUCCAUCAAAUCACAUUUUCCGAGCCCAACAUGCCGUUUUAAUAGCAACCGGUAUUGGAGUCACGCCAUUUGCAUCAAUAUUACAAUCGAUAAUGCACAGAUAUUGGAAAGCUCGUCACACUUGUCCUCAAUGUAAAUUUUUUUGGGCAAGCGAAAUACCACAAACAAUAAUGAAUUUGAGAAAAGUAGACUUUUUUUGGAUAAAUCGUGAUCAAAGAUCGUUCGAAUGGUUUGUUAAUUUAUUAUCACAAUUGGAAAUAGAACAAGCGGAAUUGGGAGUCGCCAUGGAAAGAUUUUUAGAAAUGCACAUGUACAUAACGAGCGCUUUACAAAGAUCCGACAUGAAAGCUGUCGGUUUACAAUUGGCAUUGGAUCUCCUUCACGAAAAAGAAAAAAGAGAUUUGAUAACUGGACUGAAAACAAGAACGAAUGCGGGAAGACCGAAUUGGGAUAAAGUUUUUAAACAACUUUUAGAUCAGAAAAAAGGAAAAAUAACAGUUUUUUAUUGCGGUCCCCCACAAUUGGGUAGAAUUCUUCGUCUCAAAUGUGAUAAAUUUGGAUUUAAUUUUAGAAAAGAAGUUUUUUAA